ACACAGACUUGUGGCGAUUUUAACUACCUAAAAAGCAAAAUGGAAGUGGUGACUAAUUACAGCUACGAAUACGAACUCGAACACGAGUACGAGUACAGAGUCUUCGGAAAUGAUGCAACUGGAUGGUUGAAUAUAGUUUUAUGUAUAUCGAUUAUCAUCGUUGUCCUGUUCGACUUAUUUCUAAUGGUCGCCAUUUUCCUAGAUCGUAAAUCUCACGGGAAAAGGCGCUCUUUGUCACUACUGAACUAUUUGCUGAACUAUGCUCUCGAUGCUGUGUUUGCUUAUUUCCAGAGUUUGCAUAUCUUUAUAGUUCAAGAUUUGCCAAAAUCUCAUUGCCUAUUUAUCGUUAUAUUAUCUUACGCGUUUAACGAUGGUGUUAAGUAUUUCCUUAUACCUCUUUGCUGCGAGUUUAUCGUGAAGUAUUUUAGCCCAAGCAGAUACGAAAAUCAAAUUUUCCUAAUUAUCCAAUCCGUAUUGAUAGGGACCUUGUGGGUCUUUAUAAGUAUCAAAGCUUUGGUAAUGUUUCUAGCUUUUUCAUACCAUCGUUCGAAUAGCUGCUAUAUUCACUUAGAUAGCAGUGCCAUUCAGGCUCAAUUUAUAAUGGGAAUUCUGUUGAUGAUUGCAAUGUUAGUGUUUGUAGGCUUGCUGAUCUACAUUGCCAUCAAGAGCAAAGAAGAAGAGAUGAUGAAAUCACAAGUGAAAACUUUGAUUAUUAUUACUGCAGUGAUUAUAACUUUGUUCUUUCUAAACUAUGUUAUUGGUGCUGGAUUUGUGGGACUCACGUAUACUACUUUAGCCAUCAUUUAUCGGGUUACAAAUAUUGCCAUCUUCCUGCUUUUGCCGUUUCUGUGGCUUUUUGAUACCACUAUAAGACAAAGUAUUCGGAAUUUAUGUUCAAGGAACUACGCAAAAUCUAAAGAUCAUCGACCACACGAGUUAACUGAAAUAAAUUAAUCUUAUGAAGUGAUAUUAAACUAACAUUAUAUCCUUUGAUAUAGAAGGGUAAAUCUGUUCAGUAAUACAUUAGGAGGAUUGUAUGUAUGUCUGUCUGUCUGUAUGUAUGUGUGCACGUCAUAUGUGUGUGUCUGUAUGCACGCAUAUAUGUAUGUGUGCAUGUAU